CUACUCUGUCAUCUUCGUGAGGCCACCUGUUCCAGCUUCCAAUUUCCAAACAAUCAAACAUGCAAAAACCUCUUCUUUGAACGGAAAUUGAUUCCGGACAGAUUUCUCUGAAUUCUGAUCUUCCGAUUCCUAUCUUCCUCUUCUCUUCCAUAGUUUAAAAUUGCAGAUGGCUUCUCUUCUGCAGUCAUCGUCUCUUCUUUCCAAUUCUUCAUCUUCUCUUGCAGUUUUUCUCCCGAACACCCAUCACCGAAAUACAACUUGGAGUCUCCAAGUUCUCAAACCUUUUCGUCCGGAGGCACAGGCAAUAACACCUUUCCAAUUCCAGAAGUCGGAGUCGAAUCAUUUGAAGAGAACUCUUAUUCGGAGGACAACCCUCUACGAAUCACCGGUUCUGGACCCCCCUCCAGCGGAGCCUGACCUAAUAGCUUCCCUGAAGCUCAAACUACUGAAUGCUGUUUCUGGGCUGAACAGAGGUCUUGCUGCAAAUGAAGAAGAUCUUAAAAAAGCAGAUGAUGCCGCCAAGGAGCUUGAAGCUGUAGGAGGGUUUGUUGACCUAUCAACCAAUAAUCUUGAUAAUCUCCAAGGGAGAUGGAAGUUAAUCUACAGCAGUGCAUUCUCAUCUCGUACUCUAGGUGGGAGCCGUCCUGGCCCUCCUGUAGGGAGGCUUCUGCCCAUAACUCUUGGUCAGGUUUUUCAACGGAUAGAUAUUUUAAGCAGAGAUUUUGACAACAUAGUGGAGAUUCAGUUAGGAGCUCCAUGGCCACUUCCGCCAGUGGAUGUGACAGCUACAUUAGCACACAAAUUUGAACUCAUAGGAUCUUCCAAGGUGAAAAUUGUAUUUGAGAAAACAACUGUAAAGACAACCGGAAACCUGUCACAGCUGCCACCAUUGGAGUUGCCGCGGAUUCCAGAUGCUUUAAGGCCUCCAUCCAAUACAGGAAGUGGUGAAUUUGAAGUCACAUACCUUGACUCUGAUAUCCGCAUAACAAGAGGAGAUAGAGGUGAAUUAAGGGUUUUUGUCAUUUCGUAGCUCAAUGUAGAUGAAGUUCUUGUUCUUUGUUUUAUGUCCCAAAACUUUUCUACUUGAUACCGCCGCACAUACUUUGUUGUUGUAUACACUAUAGAGGGAGCCCAACAGUAAUGUGGUGAUUGAAAAAAAGUUUCCCCCUGUAUUUGAUAAAUAUUUGCCUAUGAUUGUGAAGCUCUAGAUAUUGUUUUUUAA